CUCCAGUCACCAGAUCUGAAUUAAAUAGAGCACCUAUUAAAUGUGGUACAACAGCAUGAAUGUACCACUGCUGCAGCAAUUGCAUGAUAUAAUCAAAUCACUAUUUUAGAGGAAUACUUCCUACAUCAUGUAGUAAUGGCCUCUCCAGUCACCAGAUCUGAAUCGAAUAGAGCACUUUUCAAACGUGGUGGUAUUGGAGAUUCGUGGCAUUAAAUUCCCAUGAAAGUUCCGUGGUGUGUGGUAUUCACGUCAACAUUGACUAAAAUUUCAAAGAAAUGCUUUCAAAAUUCAAUUUCAGUGGCUUCUCCAGUCAUCAAAUCUGAAUUGAAUAGAGCACCUAUUACAUGUGGUACAACUAGAGAUUCACAGCAUGAAUGUACCACUGCUGCAGCAAUUACAUGAAAUCAAAUCACUACUGACCAGAAUUUACCAGAGAAAAACUUCCUACAUCCUGUACUUCAAUGGCCUCUCCAGUCAUCAGAUCUGAAUCCAAAAAAGCACUUUUUAAAUGUGGUGGUAUUGGAGAUCCGUGGCAUGAAGGGAAAAUGUCACUAACACAUUUGUAGCCAUUACAUGAGAGGAAUAUUAACCACACUUUAGGCUUCAAUGGCCUUUAAAAUCUCCAGAUUGGAAUCGAACCUUGUGGGUGUGGUAGAAAUGGUUGACUGACAAAUUCACCAAUGAUUCACCAACAUCGACCAAAACCUUGAAGAAAUGUGAAAGGAAUAAAGAAUGUUUUAAAAGCAUUGGACUCCCAUUCAGUAUCAGUAUGUGGGUUCGACAGUCCUGCUGCUUUCUAGCUUUGUGUGCUAGUUUAACAGACGCGGUUUGGUUGUGCAGGACAGAAUGAAAUAGUGAAAUUGCGCGACUAGGUCGUUUAAAAUAGCUCGCACUAGGUGGAUAUGUUAUAAUCAUUCAUGCUGUCGACAUGAUCAGCAGUUAUUGCAGUGGUGGCUGAAAGCCUAACCGGCGUUACUGAGGAGGAGCUAAGAAGCGUUUUUGUUCCAUGACUGAGUUCACACACACACACACACACAGGAGAAACGACCAUCCCUCCAGUCCCGCACUCAGGAUUCCUGAACUCAAUGCGACUCAUUGCUUCUCCUCAAAACUGGUCGGGUUCGGAUACGAAGCGGGUCCGGAGCGCUUUCUGAAGGAUAUUUAUUAGCGUUCAACAGACUGGCAGGAGAAAAUCAUGCCCAACAACGGGAAAGAUGCACCUGUUAGCGCAAACUCCACCCAGACAUCCUUACAAACAUGUCUCGAAGAGUGUAUGGAGGCCCUGGACCUAUUCCUGAACAACCAUUUCAGCGAGAGUCUGGACAAACUGCAACCACGGUGUAAAGAUAGUAUGUAUCAUGCUCUGAUCUACGCGACAGUGUUAGAGAUGCAGGCCAUGAUGACCUUCCAACAUGACGACAUCGUCAAUGCUGGAAACACAAUGAAGAGCGCUCAGGAGGUGUGCCAGAGGUUUCGUAAGAAGUCUGGUAGUCUGGCGAGCCGAGCAGCAGGAGUUGACCUCUCUGAAGAGGAACUUCAUGCUGAGGUGUGUUACGCUGAGUGUCUGCUACAAAGAGCUGCUCUUACAUUUUUACAGGAUGAGAACAUGGUGAGUUUCAUCAAAGGAGGAAUGAAAGUGCGCAACAGCUACCUCAUAUACAAAGAGCUUCAUUCCUUUAUUGAGUCUCACGGCUCCUUUAAAGGGCCAAACCACCAGCACCUGGAGGGAGGGGUGGCGUUUGGAAUCGGCGCUUUUAACUUGACACUGUCUUUGUUUCCUGCACGGAUACUCAAGGUCCUGGAGUUUGCAGGAUUUUCAGGAGAUAAAGAAUAUGGGCUUUCUCAGCUGUUCGAAGGGGCCACUUCCCAUAACCUGCGCUCCAUGCUGUGUGCCCUGCUGCUACUUUGCUACUACACCUUUCUCUCCUUUAUUUUAGGGACGGGUGAGGCAGAAGUAGCAGAUGCUGAGAGGCUGCUAAAGCCAUUUCGGAUACGAUACCCACGUGGGGCAAUUUUCCUUUUCUUUGCUGGCAGAGUGGAGGAGAUAAAAGGCAACAUUAAUGAGGCAGUGGCCCUGUUUGAGGAGGGCUGUAAGGCUCAGCAGGCCUGGAAGCAGUUCCACCACAUGUGCUACUGGGAGCUGAUGUGGUGCUUUACCUACAAGCGGAUCUGGAAGAUGGCCUAUUUCUAUGCUGAUCUGCUCAGCCAGGAGAGCCGCUGGUCCAAGGCCAUGUAUGUGUAUAUGAAGGCUGCUUAUCUCAGUAUGCUGCCGGAAGGAGAGGCUCGGCCAUUUGGGGAAAACGAGGUGGAGCUCUUCAGGCAGGUGCCAACCUUCAAACAGAAGAUAGCAGGAAAGUCUCCCCCCACAGAGAAGUUUGCCAUUCGCAAAGCCCGACGUUACAAAGCUAGCAACCCUGUGCCCCUUCCUGUCCCUGUGCUCGAGAUGAUGUACAUGUGGAAUGGCUUCUCCAUGAUUUGUAAGCAACUGGAGCUCACCGAGGGCAUUUUGGAAACCCUGCUUGAGGCUGAGCGCACUCUGCAUGCUACUGCAGAGAAUGAGUACAGGGUGGAUGACAGCUGCCUGAUUCUGCUGCUAAAGGGACUGUGUCUAAAGAACCAAAAUCAGCUUCAUACUGCGGAAGAGUGCUUCAGCAAAGUUUACAGCAGAGAAAAGAAACUGAAGUAUGACCACUACCUAAUUCCUAACGCCCUGCUGGAACUGGGUUUGCUCUAUGCUGAUACAGGCAGGAGAGAGCAAGGCAUCAAACUCCUGCAGAAAGCCAAGAAUAACUACAAAGAAUACUCGAUGGAAUCACGCACUCAGUUUAGAAUCCACGCAGCUCUUUCCAAACUGAAGGCUGACACGAGUGACCAGGACGAGAUUACGGCACUGUAAAUGGGUCUAAGACUGACUUACAGUUUACUGGGAUACCAAAGAGACACUCAAUAGCUUUCAUUACAGCUCUUGGUAAAAAGCAGAAUGUAUCAGUGAAGAACAACUCAGACUGCUGUGUGGGGCAUCACAGGGGUUGACUGCAUAUGGACCAAAAAAAACAGAACACUGCAUUUGUAGCUGAUCGACAUACGACAUGUACAGUAUAUUUUAGUGGAAACAGAUCAGAGUAAUAGUUUAACUUCACAUAAGAUUUUAUUAAUUAUUAUAUAAUAGUGAUUGGUUUGGAAAAGAAAUACUUUACAUGACAUUCUGGGUUAUUGAAGCUAGUUCAACUGAAACACAUGGGUAAGUAGUCUUUUUCACUGGGGAGUUAUUGCCCCUCAAAAGCACAAGAUCCAUAGAUAGUAAAUUAUUUAAAAAUAAAUAUAACUUCUAAUGACUAUGAAAA